AUGACACGUGCCACGUCCAAGACUCUCCCAGAUUUUGCACCUCCAGAUUUUUCGACCUUGUCCACAACCUAUCCUUCCCCAAUUCACGAUACUUCUCCAUCGACGUACGAUGCCAUUGAGACUCAGGGGACCGUCCCAACGAUCCCUCUUCCGCCCUCGCGCCCUUUCCACACACUCUGGCGAGAUCACCUGUCGGCUUUCAGAGCCCCAGGACUAUACGACACUGUCAUCGAUACGUUUGUCGCUCUAGUACAAGGCUUACCAACUUGGAGAACAACGGACGACGUAGAGACCAUCGUCAACAAGCGGCGUGAAGUCCGCGAGCUCCUCCGUCAGCACCCUCCCAACGUGGUUCUGGUCAGCGGUAUGGAAGGCGUCUAUGGGUAUCAUCCCAGGCGAGCGUCACUCUGGCCUUUUAUCUGUAUUUCGGAUGAGUAUGUUGAUUUGUGGAUGAAGGCGAAACUUGAAGCGAGUGAGGCGGAUGAGUUGCCGUUGACUGCUGUGCUGAGGGCUACUUUUGAUCAUGAGAUUGCACGUUGGGGCGUGACACUUGUAGGCAUCGCUUAUGCUGUGAAAAAGAAUUUACUGAGGGUAGAGUAA